GGCCACGCCCUCCCUCCUGCCGCUAUAAAGUCCGCGCGCCGCGCUCUCCCGCACCUCGCGUCCCGCCCCGGCGGCUGAGCUGCGCUUCGCCAUGGAGCAGCUGAGCGCGGCCAACACCCGCUUCGCCUUGGACCUGUUCCGCGCCCUGAAUGAGAGCAAUCCUGCUGGAAACAUCUUCAUCUCCCCCUUCAGCAUUUCAUCAGCACUGGCCAUGAUCCUUCUGGGGACCAGAGGCAACACAGAGGCCCAGAUGUCCAAGGCUCUCCAUUUCGACACUGUCAAGGACAUUCAUUCACGAUUUCAGAGUCUGAAUGCGGAUAUCAACAAGCGGGGAGCGUCCUAUAUCCUGAAACUCGCUAAUAGGUUAUUUGGCGAAAAAACCUAUCACUUCCUCCCCGAAUUCUUAGCUUCGACUCAGAAAACCUACGGGGCUGAACUGGCCAGCGUGGACUUUCUGCAGGCCUCGGAAGAGGCCCGGAAGGCGAUAAACGAGUGGGUCAAAGAGCAGACGGAAGGGAAAAUUCCAGAGCUGCUGGCAUCAGGUGUGGUUGAUAGCACCACUAAACUGGUGCUGGUGAAUGCCAUCUAUUUCAAAGGCAGCUGGCAGGAGAAGUUCAUGACAGAGGCCACGAAGGAUGCCCCGUUCAGGCUGAAUAAGAAAGACAGCAAGAUGGUGAAAAUGAUGUAUCAGAAGAAGAAGUUCCCAUUCGGCUACAUCAAGGAGCUCAAGUGCCGGGUGCUGGAACUGCCUUAUCAGGGCAAGGACCUCAGCAUGGUCAUCCUGCUGCCGGACAGCAUCGAGGACGAGGCCACGGGUCUGAGGAAGAUUGAGCAACACCUGACCCUGGAGAAGCUGCGUGAGUGGACCAAACCUGAGAAUCUGGACCUCCUGGAGGUCAAUGUCCACCUGCCCAGGUUCAGGCUGGAGGAGAGCUACGACCUCAACGCCCCGCUGGCCCGCCUGGGCGUGCAGGAUCUCUUUGGCAGCAGGGCUGACCUGACUGGCAUGUCAGAAGCCCGCGACCUCUUCAUAUCCAAGGUGGUCCACAAGUCUUUCGUGGAAGUGAACGAGGAGGGCACAGAGGCGGCCGCUGCCACCGCGGGCAUCGCUGUCUUCGCCAUGCUGAUGCCAGAGGAGGAUUUCGUCGCUGACCACCCGUUCAUUUUCUUCAUCCGGCACAAUCCCUCCUCCAACAUCCUCUUCCUCGGCCGCCUCUCUUCCCCGUAGAGGCGAGAUGCAAGGUCGCGCUUAGGGCUCCCCCGACCUUUUCAUGGCGACCCUUCUCAUCUGUCUUUACCAAUACCCCUCCUCCUCUCCAAAAACAAAUCUUUUAACCUCCUUUGUAAGCUCAGAUCUGUUGGCUGUUUACACCCGUUAACUUGGCAUGGGCACCUGUUCUCCUUUUUUCUGUACUGAAAAAAUGAACCCAGCAUCGGGUUAGAGAAAGGAAGAAAUCAUCAGAUGUGUAGAUUCUUGAUGAUGUAGCGACCUGAGCAGUUGCUCUGCUUUCCUGAGAGGCAAGUGGAACAUGCUCACACGGUCACCUGUCUUACAAACAGACUUCUGGAGGCCCUCAGCGAGACACACCCAGAUUGUUGGAGGGAGGCUUAAAAGAGGAUAUUCUAUUGAAAUACAGGAGCGGCCCAAUGAAGGGCCCGGGCUGUGCGGACAGACUUGCCUUGGCAAUGUCCCCGACCCCGUGCGCUGCAGGCCUGGCGUCCCAUUUCAGCCCUUUGGGUGUCACACUCUCGAAGGGCUGCCUGGCGAUAACCUGACCUCCCUUUUCUGCUCUCCUUGGUCCUUCCUGCUUGAGUUGGGGUCGGGUCACAGGGAAUCAAGCAGCAGGUGUCUGUCGUAUCAUGAAAGGUGCCAAGGAGUGACAAAAAGCAGAGCGUCACAGGAGAGACCGUUAAGCAAAGAGGUGGAGCAGAGAGCCCGCCGCGAAUGGCUUCUCCUGAGAUUUCCGAUCAAGGCUCUUCACAGCUGGCAUCUGGUACAGAUUUUUAUGGCAAUGACAUGGAUUAAUGCAAUGCUGUGGUGGGAGAUCGCUGGGGGCGGGUGUGUCUUUGAUUCAAAGAAACCUUUGUCAAUAUGCUCCUUGGAACGGGGCCUGACGUGCUGCAUUUUCUUGCUCCCACAAAGCUCAUGGGCCAGUUAAUAAAGUUUCCUAAGAUUCUGCAAA